GCCAGACACCCUCAGCCCUGGGAGCGAGCGCCCCGACGCUGGGACGGGAAGAGGCUGCACCCAUGGGGUCUCUGCAACCGCGGCCGGCCGCCCUGUACCUGCUGGGGGUGCUGGUCACUUCCUGCCUUGGAGGGCCCAGCUGGGACGACCCAGAUUUCCAGGGGAGGCUAACCGGCUCCAACUCGCGGUGCCAGGGCCUGCUGGAAGUCCAGUUCAGGAGCCGGUGGCACACGGUUUGCAGCCAGAGCUGGGGCCGGAGCCCAGACCGCCGGGAGGACGCCCGCCAGGCCUCGAAAGUCUGCCAGAAGCUGCGCUGUGGGGAGGCCUUGAACCUGGGCCCCUUGCCGCACUUCAGCAGAGCCCAGAACCACAUCGUCUGCCGAGGGCAUGUGGGGUCCUUCUCCAACUGCAGUUCGGAAAGCCGGUGCCAACCUCUGAGCCUCAUCUGCUUAGAGCCCAAGACGACCACACCUCCGCCCACAAGCCCCCCGCCCAUAACGACGCCAGAGCCCACAGCUCCUCCCAGGCUGCAGCUGGUGGCAGGGCCCCGGGGCCUGCGCUGUGCCGGCGUGGUGGAGUUCUACAGCGGCAGCCUGGGGGGCACCAUCGCCUACGAGGCCCAGGACAGCAUCCAGAGCCUGGGAGGGCUCCUGUGCCCGGCCCUCCACUGCGGUUCCUUCUUGAAGCACCUGCCAGAGGCCAAGGCCACCAGAGCACCUGACCUAGGAGAGCUCCGGGAACACGGGCGCUUGCCGAUUCGGUGGAAGAUCCAGAACUCGAGCUGUGCCUCCCUGGAACAGUGCUUCAGGAAAGUCCAGCCCCAGGAGGGCGGCCAAGCUCUCGCGAUCGUCUGCUCCGAUUUCCAGCCCAAGGUGCAGAGCCGCCUGGUGGGGGGCAGCAGCGUGUGUGAAGGCAGCGUGGAGGUGCGCCAGGGCACGCAGUGGGCAGCCCUGUGCGACAGCUCCCCGGCCAAGGGCACGGCGCGGUGGGAGGAGGUGUGCCAGGAGCAGCAGUGUGGCAGUGUCAACUCCUAUCACGUGCUGGACUCCGGCAAGACGACCUCCCAGGGAUUUUCCUGUUCCCAGGAGAAGCUGUCCCAGUGCCAUGAGCUUUGGGAGAAAAAAUCCUACUGCAAGAGGGUGUUUGUUGCAUGCCAGGAUCCAAACCCGAGGGGCCCGGCAGCCGGCACCGUGGCGAGCGUCAUCCUGGCCCUGCUGCUCCUGGCGGUGCUGCUGGUGGUGUUCGGUCCCCUGGCCUACAAGAAGGUGGUGAAGAAAUUCCGCCAGAGGAAGCAACGCCAGUGGAUUGGCCCCACGGGAAUGAACCAGAACAUGUCUUUCCACCGCAACCACACGGCCACCGUCCGGUCCCAGGUUGAGAACCCCACAGCCUCCCACGUGGAUAACGAAUACAGCCAGCCUCCCAGGAACUCCUACGUGUCCGCUUAUCCAGCUCUGGAAGGGGCCCUGCAUCGCUCCUCCGCCCAGCCCGACAACUCCUCCGACAGCGACUAUGAUCUGCACGGGGCUCAGAGGCUGUGAAAGAACUGGGAGCCAGGAACAAAAAACCAAGAGCCAGACAUAUUUAUCCUGAGAAAAUUCUGCAUUCACCACUCAGAAAUGACACCCCAAUUUCUACGCCAGACAGAACGUGGACAGAGGCCAGGGUGCCUUUCAAACAGGUGCUGCUGCCCUGCAGGGGCAGGCUGGCUCUCACACCCCACUGGGCCCUGGCCCCACAGGGACCGCCACGACCCACAGCUCGGCCGGCCACUCCAAGUGAGGAGGCUGGGGUGGGCGGAGCCCGGAGCCAAGCAGCCUUCCAGGCAGAGACUCGGGGGUGUCCAGAAGGGGGUCCCUUUCCCAACCCUGUGGCGGGGGGAGCAGCGCCAGCAGAACCCAGCUCCCUCGACUCCGACCCUGAUAAGGAACGACAAGGAAGCUCACACCUGGGCUCGCGCAUUUUUAAUAUGUUCUUUGUAAAUAAUGCUUUUUGUACUUCC